CAGGCACCUUGGGAACAGCAGCAGUUUUCUGACCUCUGUGUUACAGUGUCUGUCCUUGAAAUCCACACCACCAGGCAGAUCCUUGUCUUCUGUUCCUUGAAUCCAUCCAAGCGUUUUAGAUGUGCUGACUAGCAGGCUCACUUGUACGGUGUAGAAGACAAGCAGUACCUUACAAAAUGGGAUUUGGGAGUGACCUGCGGAACUCACAGGAAGCUGUGUUAAAGUUGCAGGACUGGGAAUUACGGUUCCUGGAAACAGUGAAGAAAUUUAUGGCCCUGAGAAUAAAAAGCGAUAAAGAAUAUGCAUGCAAUUUACAGAAUCUUUGUAAUCAAGUUGAUAAAGAAAGCACUGUGCAGGUGAAUUACGUCAGUAAUGUGUCCAAGUCUUGGCUACUGAUGAUUCAGCAGACAGAGCAGCUUAGUAGGAUAAUGAAGACGCACGCGGAGGACCUGAACUCCGGGCCCUUGCACAGGCUCACCAUGAUGAUCAAGGACAAACAGCAGGUGAAGAAGAGCUACGUGGGCAUCCACCAGCAGAUAGAGGCAGAGAUGAUCAAGGUCACAAAGACAGAAUUGGAGAAAUUAAAAUCCAGCUAUCGACAGUUAAUAAAAGAAAUGAAUUCUGCCAAAGAGAAAUAUAAAGAAGCCUUAGCCAAAGGGAAGGAAACAGAAAAGGCCAAGGAGCGCUAUGACAAAGCUACAAUGAAGCUUCACAUGCUGCAUAAUCAGUAUGUAUUGGCACUGAAGGGGGCCCAGCUCCAUCAGAGUCAGUAUUACGAUACCACACUUCCUCUGCUGCUGGACUCUGUGCAAAAGAUGCAAGAAGAAAUGAUAAAAGCACUAAAAGGUAUAUUUGAUGAAUAUAGCCAGAUAACAAGCCUUGUUACAGAGGAAAUAGUGAAUGUCCAUAAAGAGAUUCAGAUGUCCGUCGAACAGAUAGACCCUAGCACAGAAUAUAAUAAUUUCAUAGAUGUUCACAGAACAACAGCUGCUAAAGAACAAGAAAUCGAAUUUGAUACUUCCUUAUUAGAAGAAAAUGAAAACCUUCAGGCAAAUGAGAUCAUGUGGAAUAAUUUAACAGCAGACAGUUUGCAAGUAAUGCUGAAGACUUUAGCAGAAGAGCUCACGCAGACACAGCAGAUGCUCUUAAACAAGGAGGAGGCUGUCCUGGAGCUGGAGAAGAGGAUUGAAGAAUCUUCUGAGACCUGUGAAAAGAAGUCCGACAUUGUGCUGCUUCUGGGCCAAAAACAGGCACUUGAAGAGUUGAAGCAGUCCGUCCAACAGUUGAGAUGCACUGAGGCAAAGUGUGCAGCACAGAAGGAAUUAUUGGAGCAAAAAGUACAAGAAAAUGACGGGAAAGAACCGCCUCCCGUGGUGAAUUACGAAGAAGAUGCACGAUCCGUCACAUCGAUGGGGUUUGAUUCACUGUGUGAAGAAUGCGACCAGAGAAGGACACAGAGACAACCCAAAUGGAUUUCUCCCAACACUAAGAAGGAGCGAAAAGAGAGGCUAUCCAAAUUUGAAUCUAUUCGUCAUUCAAUUGCUGGAAUAAUUAGGUCUCCAAAAUCGGCUCUGGGCUCAUCAACACUCUCUGACAUGACCUCUAUGAGUGAGAAGCCCCUGGCGGAGCAUGACUGGUACCAUGGCGCAAUCCCCAGGAUAGAGGCCCAAGAGCUACUGAGGCAGCAAGGAGACUUCUUGGUGCGCGAGAGCCAUGGGAAACCCGGUGAAUAUGUCCUUUCUGUGUACUCAGAUGGGCAGAGGAGACACUUCAUCAUACAGUUUGUCGAUAAUCUGUAUCGAUUUGAGGGCACUGGGUUUUCAAACAUCCCUCAACUUAUAGAUCACCACUUCUCAACAAAACAGGUCAUCACCAAGAAGUCUGGGGUGGUUCUGCUGAAUCCGAUUCCUAAGGAUAAGAAAUGGAUUCUCAAUCAUGAAGAUGUUACAUUGGGAGCAUUACUGGGCAAGGGUAAUUUUGGUGAAGUAUAUAAAGGGACACUAAAGGAUAAAACUGCUGUUGCUGUUAAAACGUGCAAAGAAGAUCUUCCUCAGGAAUUAAAAAUCAAGUUUUUACAGGAAGCCAAAAUUCUCAAGCAAUAUGAUCACCCCAAUAUUGUCAAACUUAUAGGCGUGUGCACACAGAGACAACCUGUCUACAUCAUUAUGGAACUGGUCCCAGGAGGUGAUUUCCUGUCCUUUCUGAGGAAGAGGAAGGAUGAAUUAAAGCUCAAGCAGCUAGUCAGGUUUUCCUUGGAUGUUGCAGCUGGCAUGUUGUAUCUCGAGAGCAAGAACUGUAUACACAGGGACCUGGCUGCAAGAAACUGCCUGGUAGGUGAAAAUAAUAUUCUGAAAAUCAGUGAUUUUGGAAUGUCUCGGCAAGAAGACGGCGGAAUAUAUUCAUCCUCUGGCUUAAAGCAGAUUCCCAUUAAAUGGACAGCACCAGAAGCUCUUAAUUACGGGAGAUACAGCUCUGAAAGUGACGUGUGGAGCUUUGGCAUCCUCCUCUGGGAGACCUUCAGCCUAGGAGUCUGUCCGUACCCUGGAAUGACAAACCAGCAGGCCCGGGAGCAGGUGGAAAGAGGAUACCGGAUGUCAGCCCCACAGAACUGUCCAGAGGAGAUUUCUAAAAUCAUGAUGAAGUGUUGGGAUUACAAGCCUGAGAACCGCCCUCGGUUCAGCGACCUUCACAAAGAGCUCACUGCCAUCAAGAAGAAAAUCACAUAGUGCCGGCCAGGGCCAGACUUCACCUGCAGGACUCUGUCCUCAGCCACCCCGACCUUACACCACCUUACUGCAGCCAUCUUGGAAGGUUAUGGUUUUUAUUAACCGGGUUUUUUAAAGUCCGUUCCACUUUAAAAAUAUGUUAAAGGCAAAUUUAUUCAAGAAAUAAACAGUCCUACCCAGGGCCAUAUUAGCUAACCACAGAACCCUACCGUGUGAGGCCGCUGUAAAGAGAAAAGCACAGGUCUAACUGAGAAGAUAAAAAGGCCUAUGUUUUCAUGCCUAGGACCACUGAUGCUCCGCCAAGGUUUUCUACUUGAGGCACAGCCCGUGGGCUACUGUCUUCUGCCACAGGCCCUCCUCAGUUGGUGCUAUAAACAGCGUUGGUAGCGCAUGCUCGCAGGACGCAUUCCCACCACAGUUGGCUCUCUCCUCUGCCAAGGCGAGAUUGUAUCUAUAAAUAUAAUCAUAUAUUGGGAAUUACUUGGACCUCCUAGGGUUUUUCUUUUCUUUCCUGUCAGAACAAGCCCGGGGAGAACAUCACACCCCUGCUAUUUUGUCUUUUACCUCCUCAGUCCAGGCUGCAGAAAAUGGUGCAUGGAAAAUUCCCAGAGAGCACACAGUGUGGAGGCAGCAGCUCCCGCAGGACACUGCAGAGGACAGGGAUGACAAGAAGUGUGUGACCAGGAGGGCAGGCUGGGGGAUAGCGGCUAGCCAGUGCCCGACAGGGGGAAGAAAACAACAGCCUGCUUGCCUUCCAGACUUGCACCUUUACAGUACACUGUAUCUGUGGUCUGAGUUCCCUAACGAAGCCCAGGACAUGUCUCAGGAGCUCAUGGAGUCCAGAGGAGACUUUCUGAGAGAUCCUGAGGUCGGCAGAAGGAACAGCAUGACCUUAAUCGUGUACCUUCAUCCUAGGGAACAACCCAGAAUGGAAUUCCCGUCAUUUGUGCCAGUUCUUGAACCGUGGCUCCCAUCCACAAACAUCCACAUACAUCUACUGAAGUGCACAGUAGCUAUGAAUGAAAUAGAUGGACGAGAAAUCAAGUAAAUGUCAAUGAAGAAACCCUAGGGCACCCACACUUCCGUCUCCUCUUUCAUCUAAAGGCAGUACCCGGAAAUCUUACUGAUAGCUCAUGGGUAUGCAAGCACACACAUCUUUAAAGGUGUCUCCUGUGUAUCAAGUGUAGGGCAGUUCAGUCUAAGAUUUGGUUGAAGUGAAUCUUAGCUGUGUGCAGGGAACUUCCCCAUGAUCUAUCCACAGUUGUCUCAGGAUCAGUGUGUCUGGGGGAUAGUCUCACUCAGGGGAAGAUGUGGCCCGGAAGCCUUCACUAAGUCCUCAGGCCAGGGUCCAGACAGCCAUCGCUUUAGGGACUACUCGAGUCUGUGUUGAAGAGCUCAUGAUGGCAAGUCCCUCCCCUUCCGGGCUGUGUAGAGCACAGACCAGACUCUAAAGGGUACAAAGGAGGCUGCUGAAGAGAAGAAUGGCUCGUAUCUGUCAUUCCACCCUCCUUGCUCAUUUUAUACGCAUGUAAUGAUCAUACGUGCAGACUAAAGAAAAGGCCGUAUGAGCCUGCCCACAGCAGUACACUGCCCCACACAGAGCAGCCCCGUCAUCGGCACCCACCGCGCUCCCGCAGGUCAGACACCACACACAAGCUUAGCUCCCUCGUCAUGGCACACACCAGGGAAACCCAAGUGCAGACUCCAGAAUUCAGACUCGGUGCUGUGCUGCUCUCCAGGCAUCUGCCGGCCCUCGGAGAUAAGACGUUCCCUUUCAGGGUUUCCAAGUGAAUCUGUCUAUAAUACAAUUUUUGUCCACAAGAAAGAAAGAACAGCCUCUCAGAACUACACUCCCGGCCACGGAAAGGAGACUGACUUGGCUCUAACUCUGUGAACAAGACCCGAAGCUUAAUCCUUGCAUUCUGCUUUAAAGAGAACAUGGCAUUGAUAAUUUCACUCAUCUCGGCUGUUGGGAUUUGCAAUUCACAUCAAAACUCUUUGCUUAAAUUAAAAAGGCUUUUCAAAACAUCGUGACAUCUGCAGCAUUUAAAUUCUAUUUUAUUCUUUGUCCCAGAGCAGGCAGAGGUACAGUUUAAGAUUAACUCAUCGGGAGCCUUUCAGGAUCAUGUCAGUCGUAUAGAAUAUUAAAUUUAACAUAGGCGCAUGCAUUAAGAAAAGCUUAUGCAAAAACAUUCUUACUGUUAAUUUUGUUAUGCUUGAAGCAUAAUUUAUUCAUCCCUUCUGUCACUGAUAAUUAUUGGAAUUAUGUACUUUAGGAGGCUAAUCCAUACCCAAAAAGUGCACAUAUAAAUACAGUUCUGAUUUGCAAGUUGAUUUAGGGAACAGAGGCUGCAGAAACGCACAGAAUUCUAUGAUUUGUUUCGUUAAGUAAUAAUAGUAAACAGGUGGUACCCAAAAUUCCCACUGGUGUGGCCGCACUUGAAUGUGGUCACACAUCUUUAUUUCCCUAAUGGGUUAUCCGGGAGUUACUUGUAGCCCUGCUCACAGCUACACUCAGCAUUCCUUCAGUUCAGCCAUCUGGGCAUGAAGGGGAGGCUGGUAAACCUGAGCAGUCUGACUUCCCAUCUGCAUUUUCCUACCUUAAAUCACAAGAAGCUUUCAUGAGAAGUGGGUGGUUCAUUGUUUUUCAGAGAGAGAAAACUUCUCUGCCAAGUCCUUGUGUAUCCUGUGUGACCUAAGCUUUCUUCCCAAAGCCAUUUUCUUAGGAAAACCAUAAGGGAUUAUGAGGCUUUCUUUCAGCCCCUUCCUGCUACGAGGUCCACAGGGAGAUGUCCCACGUGAUUCUUUCUCCUUUUUCCAAGACAGCAGGGACGGUAGAGUUAGUUCCCCAGUCACAGCUGGCACCUUCUCACAGACACCAUACAGCCUGGAACCAUUUGUGGGUAUCUCACAGAUGGUAUCCACUGCAGGCAGAGUUGUUUAGAAAACAGAAUUUCUUAGAGCUGAGAUUGUAUUAGUUUCCUUUUUAGUCACUAUUUCUGUUAGCUAGCUUCACUGACCAGCUCCACAGUGCUGGUACCAAGACUAUUGGUAAGCAAGCAUUUUAGUUGCAAUAUGUGCUACGAGCCAGGACUCGGGGGUGGGGGGGGCAGUGAGCACCCCAGCUGCAGCGGCACAGAUCUGUGUUGUGUGUCACGGUCAGAGGAGUCUCGGGCACACUUCCUGAUCCCUGUGAUUAUCAGUUGCUGUACAAGUGUACCUGAACAUCAUCCUGAUACACUGUGUACGCUGUCGUACAGCUCUGUGUCCUUGAAGCAAGAGUGACAUCUGAAAGGGACUGUCUGCCUGAGCCCUCUCCCUGUCAGCACACUCCAUUUGUCACACCAUUGGCAGUCGCCAUGGCUCUUGUCAGUAGAUGUGAUUGUCACGGGGAGACAGACUUUCCUAUUUGGAGAUCAGAGCCCUCAUACAAAAAAGCACCACCACUGAGAAAGAGCUGCAGAGACACAUUUCCCUGUGUGUGUCACUGUCUUCAAUAGAUGGAAUCGAAGAUUUUUACAUGAAGAUCCAUCAUUAAACUGGCAGGAGAGUUUACUAUCAAAGUAUUACCUCAUUUUAACUAAUUUACUAUAAAUAUCACAGUUCUAAUUAGAUUUUUACUUUAUAUUUUUCUGGGCUUAUUAGUUUGAUAUCAAGUCUGACUGUGUACUUUUUCUGAGAAUGCAGAAUACCACUCAUUUCUGUAGAAGAAAAAAAGACCCUGAUUUAAAAGCCAGCAAGAUCACCCACAAGGAGUCACUGAUACAGACUUAAGUUCCCAUUAAAUGUUCCUUUGAAAGUCACAUUCAAAUACAGAUAGUCCACUAUAUAUCAUCUCCCUAAGUCAGUUUGAGAAAUGUACCCUUAUCCCCACAAACCACCCCACUGUCCUCUACUGAUUCAAAGAUUAAAUUCAGGACCAGCCUAUCCUGGCCUCUAUCCUGACAGGCAUGAAGAGUCUAGGACAGUAGGAAAACACCCUGCUGUGACAUUCUUAAUCCCUCUACAGUGCCCAAGAGUAGGGGCACAGUGGUUGUGCCAGUGAGCUGUCCAGGCAGCAUGCAGGGAGGCAAAACAGGAAAGAACCAGUUCCCUGGAGCAGGUGGAGAAAGUGGAGAGGACUGAGAGUGCAGCCUGGAAGCUCGAGGAAACUGCCAGGUGCCAAACCCUUCCCACAAAACCUAGACCAGAUCAGCAGUCCCAAAGCUGCAAAGGAGCCCACCCCAAAGCUGCAAAGGAGCCCACCCCAAAGCUGCAAAGGAGCCCACCCCAAAGCUGCAAAGGAGCCCACCCCAGUGCCAGGGCCACUCCCUGCAGCAGGAGCUGCUUGCUUGGUACCCCAUCCAGAGCUGACACUGUGAGAUGUUCCACUCACCAUCUUCCCACCCAGUAAAACUGGUGUGCUCAGUCCUGAAAGAGUAGUCAGUGCCUCUUUACACUUGCGCUAGUUAUCAGUGCAUGUUCGGCGGAAGCCACUGAUUCUUCACGUCUCAUUAGGAAUCUUUUUAUGCAGUGGAAGCUAACUUGUGCUGAGGUUUCCUAAAUGAGACCGUACAUCAUCUCGUGACACCUUUGACCACUAGUAAGGAACUAAAUGGUUCCUGGAGUUUCCUGCUGAGGGGCCCUGCUGUACUGCGCUCUAUGAAGAGAAACAAAGCAGCAGGAAAGUUGGGAAAGGAGCCGUGUUUCUUGACUUUCCACGAGUAACAUUUAAGGGAAAGAGAGAAAUAGAGACCUUCUGAGGCAGAGCACAGUUCAGCCAGGUAAGGAAGUGGGCAUCCAGCAAAGGAGUCUGGGAAAACAGAGGGCAGUCAGAAUAUCAGUGAGACCCAUGGAAAAGCCCCAAGCUCUGGCAGCAUGGAGCCCACCUCCUUCUGAACAGUACCAAACAGAGCACCCCUUCGGCUUCUGCAACAGUUUCUUGAAGGGCUUGAGUAGACUGUCUGUCUAUCUUAUGCCCCCCACUGCCUCGGAAUGUGGCCGCUUUCUCUGCAAAGCUACAGAGGUGGGGGUCAAGGCCAUCUCCUGUGCACCGGAAACUGGGAACCCGAGUUACAGCACACCUCAGCGUAGGGUCUACAGGAAAUUGUCGGGAUGUCUCUGGGUUUCACUUCAUUAAUGGAAAACUGUAACACGGCAGGUUUAGCUCCCUUGCUAGCAAGCUUGUAAGAAUCCUCAAACAAGAAUAUCCACCAUCUGUUUUUGAACUUCAGAACUAUGUACCCAAACAUCCGUUAAGCCAGUAAGAUGCAGGUGUUCCACAGACGACCAGAGUGCUGGGUGACAGUAAUAGUCCUGUCGCAGAACGUUACCCUCCCGUCUGCCAUACCAGGUCCAGCAGUGCUAAGAGGUGUGGUCUUCAGACUUGGUUUUGACUGCUGGCUACCAUCCUUUCUCAUCUUUGGCUUUGCAGUGUUUCUCUUUCCCAGAAGAGAAAGGCCUUCUUUAUUGUUCAUUGGCUUAUAAGCCCAAGAGUCUCUUCUCAGGGGUUCCCUGCCUCACAGGGAUGUGCAGACCUAUUCUGAGAAGUCCAAGCACAGUCAGCCCGAGAGUAAAGAUGGCCUGUAGAGAUGGCAUGCUUAGGUGCUGUGUGAGCGGCCUUAUCAGCAAAGGCUUAGGGACCUUUUUCUAAGGACAUUAAGACUACUGUGAGUGGGCGUGCCCAAGUUGAAGGCUUCCUUAUUGUUUUGGGCUAGUAAGCUGACCUCCCACCCCCAAAGACAUAGUGGAACAGAAUACUCUACAGUAAAGCCCUGGACAUCCAGUUCUUCCACACACUACUGCAGGCUAAUACACUCUGUAUCCUCUAUACCCUUCUUAAGAGCAAUGUCUAAGUUCUUCAAGUUAUAUCAUGUUAAAUGAUCCUCUAAAACUUUAAGAGAGCACUCUGAGGGUUCAAAGUAAGCCAGUCUGCCUGAGUAGAUACCCCAGAACAUUGUAUGAAGACAUCAGCUCUCCUCAUAGUUUCCCAAAGCACCUCCCUGGAAAACCAGACAUUCCCACUUUCCCUGUUUGUUGGGAAUUUCUGUAGCAUCACAUAAGUAGGCUGUGAAUGCCACCCAGCAGAUUCUAGACUGGCCUAGUAGGAAGCCAGGUGUCCUCCUCUAGCCACCAGAGCAAACAACAGAACCCUGUAAGAGACACAGCACAGCCACUUGUGGGCACAGCGAGAACCCAAGUGUGAAAAGAAGCUACGUAUGAAUCCAAACUCCUGUUCCUCCCGAAGUACUUGUCAAAUCACCCUGAGGUGUUGGAGUUGCCUGACAAUCAUUAUAGAAGAAAACGUGAGCCCUGUCUUCCUGGAGGCCCAGGGAGGUCUCUCAGUGCCCUAUAUUCAAACCCUUAGGGGCUAAGAGGGACUCAGACAGCUGCUAUCAUCGAUACCCUGUGGUAGCUCAGCAUUCCAUGCCUUUUCUCUAAGGGUUUUCCUCUUACAAAGAAUUCGGUGGGGAAAAUAUGCCUGCCAACUCCUAAGACACGCCAGACUAGUUAGUGUAUGCAAACACCGAGGCUGGAACCAAGCCUGAGCCUCACCCAGAGGACAGCUGUGCUUAACUUAGCCCCGGGUGCUGCGGAGCCCAUCCCAGGCUAGCAGAGCCCAUCCCAGGCUAGCAGAGCCCAUCCCAGGCUAGCAGAGCCCAUCCCAGGCUAGCAGAGCCCAUCCCAGGCUAGCAGAGCCCAUCCCAGGCUAGCAGAGCCCAUCCCAGGCUAGCAGAGCCCAUCCCAGGCUAGCUGUAGCUGCUCUCCUUUAGCAGCAACCAGAAAACCAACACUUAAGAAAAGCAAGGUUCCAACAGAAGAGACUUUCCCAUCCCUCCCUAGACCCUGGGCCUUUACAGACAGUGCACAGGAUGUGGACACAUCCCAGCGGAGCUCGCUUUUUUACUUAGUGUCAAUGGGAUGGUUUCAUCCAGCUUCAGCGGGUUACUAUGGGUAUUCUUCACAGUCAAGUGGCUCUGAGCAUCCAAUAAAACAUAAAAGAAGCUCAUUUUUUCCAAAUGCAUGGCCAAAGUGGCCAGAGACACAAGAUGCCCUUUGUCUCCUGGAAUGUCACUUCAUUGUCACAAGGUCUGCUCCCCAGCUUUAUCUUGUGCACAAGGUCUCCACGUGGACGUAGUUCUUGUGGGACAGUUCCAUCAUCAUCCUCGCUCAUAGGCUACCCAGGCUGCCUGUUGAAUCAGCUUCCUUACAAACCCCUGUAGAUUCUAGGUAUAAAUGCCUAUAGGUUUUACAUUUUCUUUGUGCGUCAGUGAAUGAGUGAUUGAGCAGCUGAGGACAGUGGGGGCGAGUGCUGGUGCACAUCCUGUUCACUUUGCAUCGUAGUUGGUGUCUGAGUUUCUUAGUCUGCUCUGGGUGCUUUUGGUGAGUGCUCUAGAAUGCCAGAACUCUCCAAAAGCAUAGCCAUGCAACCACAUCAGGUUUAAAGAUCCGUAAAAAUACAAGGGAACAGAAGUUAGCAUCAGAGACCCACAAACUACUCUGACUUCUUCAAGAAUCCAAGCAAACUGAGCACAAAAAAAAAAA